AUGGGUGAUGUAGUUAAAUCGGCCCAGCUGCAAGGGACAAGCCCGGAGGAGCCACGUAGGGGAAUCCGUCAGGCUGUGGUGAGUUCCGUCAGCAUGAGCAUUCUCCUUCGCUCCGCCUUGCCCCUGGGGUUCGUGGUCUUGGUUCUGGCAUUGAGCCCGCGCCGAGCAUGGGGAUGCAUACUCUGCGACCCCGCAGUGGUGGCAGGACUACGAGAUCUGGAGCAUAACUACCUGCCUAGCCACAUGGACGUGGACUCCCAAGUUCUGCAGACUUUCGUGAGCCGGCUGGAGGAGACUGUGCGCGAAUUCAGCGAUCUGCCUUUCGAGGAGAACUCCUACCAGGGCGUCAUAGAUGAGCCCACGCUGAGCAAAGCGUCUUGGGCCUUCCUGAAGGAACUGAGGCGAAUCAGAGAUAGCGACCUCAGAGACAAUUUCCUCUUGAAGGAGCUCACUUGGACGCUGCACAUGCAGAAGGAGAAUUUCGUUCGCCUGGUCGCGGAGUUCCAGAGGGAAAGUUUUUGUCCCAACAAAUGCGGUCUCAUGAUGCAGACCCUCAUCUGGUGCUUUGGGUGUGAGAAGCAAGUGCACUCCUGUGAAAAGUCUUACGACUGCGGAGCACAAACCGUGCGGGUGACUGAGAAUGGGGACAUGGUCUUGGACUGUGAACUGAGUUGGCACAAAGCAGCGGAAGGGCUCACGGACUACAGAUUCUACCGGGUCUGGCCAAAUGGCUCAGAAAUCCUGAUAAGUCGAGGCCAAGAGUCCGCCCUGACCAAGCCUAUGGUAUCCUUGGAAGAUUCGGGCGUCUAUCGCUGCAUCUUGGGCACGGUUCGCGUGCAGAGGCCAGCCACAGUCAUCACUUACCACGUAAAGGUUGACCAGGAGCCCGGCAGGGAAGAACAGUCCAUCAUGUUUUCGACUUCGGGUCCGAGGAAGACGUUGGCUCCGACUACAAAAUCACCGCCUCAGGCGGAGCCCGGCCUGGAGACUGAGCCUAGCUUGGAGGCUGAGCCCGGCUUGGGGGCGGAAUCCGGACCGUGCACCGGGCACGGAGAUGUGUUCGCGGACUCAGGCCAGAACGCCGCCAGAAUCCUUAACAUCACCCUCAUCGGGCUAGUCGCUGGUGGGGCGGCUGCAGUGCUGGGGAGCCUGGCGCUGACCCUCUAUUGCGCCCGCAGGGCGGGCCUAGACCUGGGCCGGGCGGGAAAGUAAUGCCAAGGGAAUCCCAGCAGCCAGUGUUCCUGGAUGGAUCCGUCGGCCCUGGGGUACGGAGG